AGGUUAAAGGUGACCCCGUGUGUUAUACAACCUACCGGACCUGUCUGUCUCCUACCUGUUGCUUCGGGGCUCUUGAUGGCGCCUACUUCGAUUAGCAAAACAUCUGGCAAUAGUAAUAAUAUCUAAGCUAAAACACGGGCUUGAAACGAAAAAAAAAGUUUACUUGGAACUUGAAUUGCUUCAUUCCUUCCUUUUUUCAUUCUUCCAUUUCUUUCUUCCUUUUUUUCUUUCCUUCUUUUUCUUCGCCGUAGAAUCUUCUAGAUCUGGCGUCUUACGGUCAAACAUGUGGCUGUACACGCAUUUUUGGAAGAGAUGUACAAUAUUCUUCAUCGUACUUUCUCUAUCGGUCAAACGCAGCACUGCAUUAUCAGGAGUGGUAUGUAGUCGCCAGACCUCUUAUGGCUGUCAAAUAAGUUACUCCCAGAAGUACUACACCAGUUGUGGAUGGAAUGGGUGGGAUACCUGUGCAAGGUACCGGACGGCAUAUCGUUCUGGCACCUGUUACGGCGCUGAGUACUUCUGUUGUGACGGACACACCAACAGCGGAGGUGUAUGCGUGCCUGUAUGUUGGGGCAUAAUAACCUGCCCCAAUGGCGGACGAUGUUCGAGCCCUAACAUGUGCACCAACUGCAACGACGGGUAUUAUUCACCCAAAUGUGACCGAUGCACCCAUAUUUCGAACUGCGAUGAUACAAGAUGCACCACCAAUAGCGACCAGCAAUGCCAUCGAUGCAGUGGGGAGUACGGAGCCGUCGGCAAGGCAUAUGACAAUCUGGGGACAUCCUGCAGAGAGAAAUGCUCCUGGAGAACUACCAGUAACAACUGUUACCCCGGAACCUGCCCUACCACGCCAUCUACGUGUACAUGUACUUCGGGAUUCGGUGGUGCUCACUGUAGGACAAUUUCCGCCGCUUCGAGUCACAUGUACUGCCUAGCAGCUCUGUCCCGCAACCACGACCGCGUCGAUACCAACUGUCUGCAGAACACUGUGAAGUACACCAACAUGAACCCCACCACUAUCACUGUGGACUGGAGGGGCCACUUCACCCCGAGUGUGCCAAACAGACCAGCCUAUGUGCAGAGCCACGCUUUGGGACUCAUCGCAGGAGGGUUUAACGCUAAACUCGUGAGGGGCAGCACUACGGUCCGCAAUGACAGAGGGACCUGCAGCUCCGCAGCCAGUCGCGACAACCCCAUACAAAUGGACUGCGAACAGAGUAUACACGCCACGGGGCCAUUUAACCAUGGAGACAAGCUUCAGAUUACGGCGGAUUUCACAAAUGGGGGAUACGUCACCGUCUACAACAGGGACGCUGGCAACAGACAUGAAAAGAAUUACUACUCCGGGUCGUCGACCACUACCAACACAGCGGAGUUCGUUUUCGACUACGUGGCUCCAACCUGCACUGGGACACAACUCAACAUCGGUGACUCCGUCAGCAAACAGAAUUCAAUUACGCUGCAGUUUUCAGGAUGGACGGACGCUUUGAGCGGGGUCACAAAAUACGAGUACGAGGUCUAUAUGUUAGUCGCCACUGGCAGCCAGCUCACAGAGCCUCACACCACAUUUGCUCACGGUGUCAUCAGCAUCGACAACAUCCAGCACCCCACGGUCACUCUGACCACCGCCGGCGUGUACUCAGUCAUCCUUACGGCCGACGACGCCGCGGGUAACUACAGACGUACUCGACGCUUCGUCCUGUACGACAACACCAAUGCUGUGGAGAUCGACUCGUAUUAUCCACUCACCAUCGCCAACACCGUUGAUGGCAAUGGGGAUAACUGGCUUCACAGCACGGCUGGUGCGACAACAGCCAGCUGGCCCAGCCAUUUCAUCAACCGUUACCACCACAACAACAAGCUCCUCAACACCAUCUCGGACUUCUCUGCUGGAAUAGAUGCUGCCUAUGACCAGUCGACGGGUACGCGUGCUAAGCAGGCCAUUCCCAACAAACUGGGUGUCACCAAGUUCCAAGUAGCCUUUGGGAAAGACCACGCAGGCGGUAGCACCUUGACAUCACCGGGCAGCUUUUCUGCAGGAGAUCUUAACACGGAGUACAGUUCAAGCGAAAGUAAGGUGGACGGCGACACCGUGAAGAUAUGGGUUAAGGCGUCAGACAUCAUGGGCAAUGAGAUCACCGAUAGCAUCACUGCACACGUGGACUCCUCGGGACCAGUCAUCGAAAACCUGUGGCUUGCAAGCGGAGAGGAAACCAACAUUGUCGUACACAAUGCUGUGGAGCUGUAUGAAAUGCAGGUUCAGUUUGACGCAUUUGACCAGCAUAGCGGACUCCACGACAUUACCUGGACCUUUGCCGACGUCAAAACGUCAGCCACCAUUGCAACAGGAGUAGUAGUUGUACAGACACUAACCUGUGGUGCCGGCUGCACCACUAACUGUGUACAAGCUGCAAGGGGACCAUGUUACAAAAAAGAUUACGUCAUCACCUUUGACCGGAGCCAGGUGGAUGUGGGCGGACAUGACCAUGACUACCUGCUGACGCUCACCGUCAGGAACAAGGCCACUCUCAGUACUACAGAAACUCUUAAGAUCACGGUGGACACAUCCCCACCUCUUGCCGGCAAUGUGCACGACGGUAUGAAGGGGCAGCCGGAGAAAGAUUACCAGCAGACGACAGCGGUUAAAACGUGGUGGGACGGUUUCUUCGACGAAGAGAGUGGCGUGAAGUUCUACCUGUACGGCUAUUCUACCAGUUGUUUGACUGCUGCUGACUUUACGCUUCCGGAGGGCGCGUCUAUAACGAGAACAACAAACACGCACGCUACCUACACCGCACCGUCUGCCGGGACCUACUUCUGCACGGUGGUGGCCUACAACCACGCGCUGGACCCGUCCCCACCGGUGUGUUCUGACGGCGUCACGGUGGAUGUCACCGCUCCCAGCCUCACGGCAAUCCACAUCGACCACAUCGCUGUCCGACCUGGGGUGGUGAAAGAUGCUGGUGGUAACGUUUGGUUGAUAAACCAGAGACGGCACCGAGUCCUAGUGCUAGACCCUCCCGCGCAAUGCCUGUCUGUGCCUCAAGUAAAUUACAUCGAUGACUUCGCCCCGAGACGGGAUUUCGUGACGAACACCACCCUCACUGCACAGUACUGCACUCGGCACUCAGGAGCACCAACGGGCAACUACCUUUCGAUGGACAAAACUCUGCGUGUUGCCUGGCACGGUGAGGAUGACGGCGGGAUUUAUGAUUACUUCGUGGGGCUGAGCAGCACCAGCAGCGGCACGAGCAGCCCUGACAUCAUGGCCUUCACCUCCACCACCUCCAUCCCGGAACUCAGGUUCUCCCAUCCACGCAUCAGCCAGAACUCUCUGUUCCACCUCGUCAUCAAGGCUGAAGAUCGGGCGGGGCUAUCUACCACCAAGGUUGUGGGUCCCAUUGUCGUGGACGUAAGUCCGCCUCAGUUUACGGGACGAAUCACGCUGUCUAAGGAAGGGAAUUUUUAUGUAGGGCGCUGGACAGGGAGCGACUUCUUUGAUGACGAAAGCCAGGAUCCUCUGACGUAUGAAUUUGCCGUUGGAGGUAACCCAAGCUCCACAGCCAUGCUGCGUUUCCGCCAUGUUGGAGCUAAUGGACCCUGUACAAGCGCUAAUCCUCCCAACUGUGCGGCGAUCGGAACAGACGCAUUAGACGGCCCUCCGAGUGACAGCUACUACAUGUUUGUCAGAGUGACCAACCCGGCAAGCUUGUCGGUUAUUGGCAUCUCUAGUGCGUACAGCAUCCACGACAAACUACCCGCCAACGGGGUCGUCUUCGACGUUGCGCCGGACAUGAAUGAUGAUCCUGGAAGUCAUGAUUAUGAAGACAUCGACUCCCAAACAGACAACGGAGUGUUACAUGCCCGUUGGUUUGGCUUCAGCCAUGAUCCAACGGCAGUCACGUACGAGGUGGCAGUAGGAACUACCUCUGGUGCUGAGGACGUCCGAGCUUUCACAGCUGCUGCCGGCACGACCGCCUCAAUCACCGGCCUUACCCUUGAGUACUUCCAGACCUACUUCAUCACCGUAAGAGCAACGAGUGAUGCAGGGUCUGUCACGGUCAGCUCAGACGGGGUCACCGUUCUAGAGUACGACGGCAGGGUAGGAGGCAUGAUGGUGAAAGAUGGACCAGGAUGCUUCGAACACACAAACGAUACAUGUGAAGACGACGCUGAAUAUCAGCGAUCCACAUCAACCAUGUGGGUGCGCUGGAACACGCCGAGCAACAUCACGGACUUCUUAAGCGAGUUCUACUGGACCAUCGAGGAGGAGAUACGGGACGGAAGCGACAGCCGUGCGUUCACCAAACUGGGGUGCUGGAGGGACAAGGGUAAUGCCGCCAUCACUCCGCUGGAGGGGACAGAUCCACGCCUAGAUGGGAACUUCGCUUUCCGUGAAAACGCCAUCGAAAAGUGUUACCAGGUAGCACGUUCCCGUGGUGCUACCGUGUUUGCUCUACAGAGCGGCGGAGAGUGUUUCGGGUCCGCAGAUGGACACAGCACCUACAACAUGUACGGUCCGUCUACACUCUGUGCAGAGGACGGAAAAGGCGGGUCUUGGGCAAAUGAGGUCUACCAGAUUACAGCAUGGUACCGAAUCACGGAGCGUCUGCUUGUAAAACGGGGCGGUACGGCCGUCCAGUCCAAACUGAGUCUACGCCCGGGGACAAGAUAUCGGUCCAUGAUCACUCCCUGUUACAAAACGGGGUGCUUCGGACAGGUGGCAAGUAGAGGCGUGUGGGUCAUACCAAACGCCCCUAUUUCCGGUCGCCUGAGUGUUAGAACAGUGGCAAAUGGGGAGGGGCCGUCCACAGCGACGUUCAGCUGGGACGCCUUCAGGGACGGAAAUGCGCCCACAACAGUGGUGGAAGGAGUUGUGCCCGUAGCGGUGUCAAAACUUGCGAUUCGCCGCUACGAGUGGGCAGUGACAUCCGGCACAGAGAGGAGGGAGCUGCUACUGCCCUGGACCCCGAUAGAUAUCAGCGACAAUACUGUGGAGCGCCAUGAACACACGGUCAGCAUUCCCCGACGUAUCUUAGCUACCGGCUGCCCAAAGCUGGUUGUCCGUGCCUUCAGCAGAGUGGGUGUACAGUCUUCAGUUGAAACUGACAUCAAUGACUGCAGUAGGAACCCCAUCGGACGCCAGCACGUCGUCAUUGACGUUACAGGGGAUUUUGAGCUUGAGAAGAAUGGCCUAUGGUAUAGAGACGACGCGGACUACACAUCAUCGCCGUCUGCACUGGGGGCGGUGUGGCCAAAUCUGCGCCAAGGGCAGUACACAUGGGCCGUCAUAGAGGAGUCUGCAGGCAUAAGUGACUACGGCAGCGUGUCAGCCAGUAGCCAGUUCCCAUACCCGUGUGCACAUCCCCUCGCCAUAGCCUGUGGUAACACUACUGAUGAGUACGUCAGCAUCAACGAUCUGGCACUCCAGCAUGGCAGGCGCUAUCAUAUCUGUGUCCACGCAAACAAAACACUACAAGUGUUCGAGAAGUGGAGCAUGGAGCUACCGGCAGUCUCUGCAUGUAGCGACGGCAUCACAGUAGACCACACGCCGCCAACUCCAGGAAAAGUUUGGAUCGAAAACUCUGACGAUAAGAGUUACCAGUCAUCGCCCUCUGAGAUUGUUGUAAAGUGGGACUCGUUUGUGGACCUUGAAGAACACGGAACAUCUCACCAUGUCUCCGGCAUCAGGACAUACAUGUGCGCCAUCGGCACUUCUCCAGGAGGAAUAGAUGUUCAAGAUUUCACAGAAGUGGGAGACAUCAACAGUUUUAUUUUCCGCAACAUGGCACUCAACAGUGGAAUUACGUACUACGCAACAGUCAAAGGAAUUGAUUUCGUUGGACUUUCAUCAGUCUCCGUCUCGGAUGGCGUACUCGUCGAUACAACACCUCCUGCCAAGAACGACAAAGCGAUUGAUAUCGGUGGUCAAUUCCUCCAAUCGCUGGAAUCUAUCACUGUCAGCUGGUACGAUGUUUUCGUCGACAAAGACAGCGGCAUCACGUCGUUUUACUGGGAGGUUGGGUCUGCUCCUGGGCUGGAUGACGUGGUGCGUUUACAACCCGCAGAGGAAGCUAUGGCUGAGGACUAUGCGAUAGAUCCUCCUCUACUGGAAGGUCACACCUACUAUGUAACAAUAAUGGCGGAGAAUGGAGCCGGGCUUGUCAGCACCGCCAUUUCUCACGGCUUCGUGGCUGAGACGUCCCCACCUGAGGCCGGGUUUGUGUAUGAUGGACCCCUCACGGACCCUGCAGACGACUUGGACUACCAGACCGACAAGACAACCAUCAGUGCACAUUGGGGAAAAUUCCAUGAUCCCCACACAGACAUCGUCAGCUACACGUGGAGAGUCGGAACGUGCCCAAUGUGCCGAGAUAUCCUGGAGGAGGUGGAUCUCGGGAUGAAAACAGAUAUGUCAGCAUCCAAUCUGCUGCUCGUUCCCGGUUUCACGUACUACGUGACGAUCACGGCGUGUAAUGCUGCCCAGCUGUGCACUACCUUUUCUUCUGACGGAGUUCUGAUGGACGACACACCUCCUGUCGCUGGGACUGUGCGCGACGGAGCUGCUGACAUGGAUCUCCAGUAUCAGCCAUCUCCAAACCUACUGCGAGCUAGUUGGUUUGGUUUCCAUGACGCCCAUUCGCACCUGUCUCACUACGAGUGGCGCGCGGGAACAACGCCUGGAGGCAGCGACAUCUUAUCUCCGUCGGACCUUCAUCUGGCAGAAACGGCAUUAGUUACCAUGGCAACACCCAUGCCCGCAGACACCAAAAUCUACGUGACUGUCAAGGCCUACAACAAAGCAGGGUUGUGGGCAGAAAAAAGUUCGGAUGGUUUCGCCAUUGAUGCAACCCCACCGACAGUGACUACACCGACUGCAGUUGACCUGAGCUGGGGAUCAUUUAAAGCUGAUACGCAGGUCAUCAGAACACUUCUCAGGGUCAGCUGGGAAUUUGCUGACCCCGACUCUGGCAUAGAUUAUCAUCUCUUGACUGUAUCCACUUCUCAAGAAACUCGUCAUGACCUACCAUCUGUCAAGGUCAGCGCAGAUGACAAGCGCUACACAUUCAGCAACAUCACACUGCAUGAUGGGAACCGCUACACGGUGACAGUGGUCGCCUGUAACAGGGCAAAGCUCUGCACAGAAUCCACUUCGGCAGAGAUCAUGGUGGACGGUACGCCUCCCACAGUCGGCACAUUCGCAGCAGAGACGACCCACGCCAUAGAUAAUCAGCGUCCCCAAAGCGGGUGGAUGACGUGGCAAAACAACGUCAACGGCAACCCUACACUUCUUAAACUAGCAUGGCUGGGCUUCACUGAUGUGCAUUCUGAGAUCGAGAAAUAUCAGGUUUACGUAGGAACCAACUUUGAUGCAGACAACCUGAUUCCGUCCGGACCGAUAGAGGUUGCCCCCAGCGGAGGAGGCUUGACAGCCCCAGAAGGAGUGGUGCACACCGCGGAUAUUCCCGUUGCCACGGCGCUGAGCAGUUCUUCAACAGUCUACAUCAAGGUCAUUGCUGUCAACGGGGUUGGCCUGAGAGGGUCUGCAUCACACGAAGCUUUCAACCUUGUAUCAUCCGCCGCCGACAGGGGCUUUCUGUCCCUGGUGAGAAGAUGCGUGGCUCACUCCUGCAUAGGACACUGCAUUUGCGCAUCUCAAGAUAAGAUAUGCACACCAACGCAGUCCUGUACCGAAGCGAGUGGAGGGCCUACAAUAAAUGUGUAUGAUGUUGUGGACUUCACGGACUUGUCGUCUCUGUCUGGAUCUGACGACAUCGCGAAUACACCUGCUGGGGACUUCCUCGCUGCCGCAUGGACAACCGACGCAACAGUUAAAAGGUACGAGUGGAGUGCAGGAAUCAAAGACCAAGCUGUGGGCAGCGGUGUGUUUGAUCUUCUGAACGACAAAAUAUGGCACGAGACAAACGGUGCCAACUAUGCUAUCCUCAACUUACCUUAUACACCAGACGGAGCCCAUACCCUACGAGGAGCGGAGUAUGUGAUUUACGUCAAAGCAUGGUUCUCACCGACUUCGUACAAAGUCUACUCUUCUGAUGGAGUUGAGAUCGACUUUUCACCCCCUAGUGUUCAUAAGUCAACAAAGGUCAAGGACUUGAUGACAACAUCUGCCACCGUAGACAUAGACUACAUCACUGAGAACAACGCGCUCGUGUGCGGCUGGGAUGGCGUGUUCUACGACACAGGCAGCGGCAUUGAUAGCUUUGAAGUUGCCUUUGGCCUUACGCCGACUGACGAAUCUGUCUCGCCAUACACGGAGCUGAGCGGAGACACGACUACGCACCAAGUGACCGGCCUAUCUCUGACUGAAGGAGUCAGAUAUUACUGUAACGUCCGGGCGUUCAACAAAGUGCGUCUGUUCAGCGCAGCCUCGUCAGACGGUGUGACGGUGGACACGAUCAAGCCAACGACUGGUGUCGUCAUGGACGGAGUCGUUCUUCACGAUGUUGAGUACACCAACGUUUCCACGUCCAUCUCCGCUUCAUGGCACGGCUUCUGGGACUCCGAGUCGUUCCUCCAUCACUACAUGUGGUGCGUGGGGACCACCACGGCUGCAGACGAGUGCUCCGUGUUAGCGGCUACAGAUGUAGGACUUAGGACCGCUGUAAGGACUCAGCUUGACGCGGCAUUAGAUGCUGGUGUGAAAUAUUACUCAAAAGUGUACGCUGUUGACGCUGCCGGUGAGCAGUCAGAUGUCGCCACGUCUGACGGUGUGACCAUCGACACGACACCCCCAGUUCUGUUAGAAAAGUUGGAGGUUGGGGAGAACAUUGUGGAAGAUUUCUCAUUCGAAGAAUCAGCAAGCCCAGUUUACGUGAAUUCGAGGGAAGGAUUGAACUUUAGUUCGCUACCUUCUUUUACGUCACCACAUUGGACUGUUGAAGGCGGCUCAACCUCUGCGGUUCUGAAUGCGACGAAAGGAGAUCACGGGGACAAUGUGCUGUACCUAGCAGGUUCCCUCUCACAGCUGCUUACUACAACCACGGGCAGCAAGUAUAGGAUGACGUUAUCGCUCCUCCACAACCCUUUCGUACAAAACAAGCGGUCAGACGAGGAGGUUCUGAUACAAGCUCCAGGGAUCAGCAAGGUUGUUCAACUGUACCGCCGACCUGGUCGACAUGAUUCAUCGAACGCGAACCGCUGGCAAAAGGCCACGGUCUUCUUCACGGCAACGAGUGCGUCUUCUUCCAUCUCUAUAGCAACGCCUGGAAGAACGAGGGGGGUCCUCAUCGACAAUGUGGACGUUCGGCUGUGCAACGUGAUGGAGGUUGAGGAAGGAAUGAGCAGCAACAACAGCGUCCAUGUGGAACUUCAGAUCAUCCAUGGCCUGAACUCGGUGUUGGCCAGCUGGGGGUUUGUGGACAUGGAGAGCCCCAUCGUCGACUACAUGUGGGCUAUAGGCACGGUAGAAGGAGGAACCCAACUGCAGGAAUUCCGCUCUGUUGGAACCAGUGACCAAGCAGUCAACAGUAACCUGACCCUAACCCAAGGAACAUACGUCUACGUGACUGUGGUGGCCGUCAACGCAGCUGGACUACGCAGCAUGGUGCUUUCGGAGCCAUCUUUGGUAGACAAAACACCACCGGUCAUUGCCUUUGUACGGGAUGGUUCAAGUGACAAGGAUGUAGACUUCCAAAGCAACAGUGUUAUUUCUGCACACUGGGAUGCUACAGAUCCGGAAAGUGGUAUCAGCAAAAUCGAGUGGGCAAUAGGCUUGGAGCCCGGGUCCGCGUCAAUCAGUGACUACACAGCAGUUGAAAACUCCGGGAGUGCCUCGAAGUCGGUGAGUGGUCUGUCCCACGGACAGACAGUCUUCGUCACCGUGAGAUGCCACAACAACGUGGGUCUGGUCUCCACCAUGUCGUCUGAUGGCGUCACCAUAGUGACCAACCCGCCAAUCACGACCGCAGCACAGCUGAGUGUGGUGACUCGCUCAGAGACACAGUACCCCACACGGGGCAAUCACCAGUCACAAACGGACAUGCUGCAGCUGUCAUGGGGUGGAUUCGCGGACACAACAGGCAUACUAGCUUACCAGUAUGCCCUAGAGGGACCUGGAGCGGACAGCUCAGCUUGGUACAGCCUGAGUCCCUAUGGAGACACCAGUACUCUGCUUGGCCUUGAUCUUCAGCCAGACGCCAGCUACAGGGUGUUUUUCCGCGCCAUCAACAAUGUCCGAAUGGAAAGCGCCUCGCUCCAGGCUGAUAUUCAGAUCUCCACGGACAGCCCUUCUGUGUCAGGAAAUGUGACCCACACCUGGGGAAAUUCAAACACCACAGCGAUGAUAGACUGGGAAGGAGUCUUUGAGGCAUCAACAGACCUUGUGUAUGAGGUCACCAUAGGCACAACCCAAGGCGGAAAUGACGUCCAACAGUGGGUGGAGACCGCGGAGACCAGUAUCACAGUAGGACCCAUAGAUCCUAACAAGCAUCAUUUCGGAACGAUCACGGCCAUUAACACCGUCGGGAUGUAUGAAAACGUAGCCUUUGAUUUCUAUCGUUAGGCACCAAAAGCAUAUUAGAUAACCAUUUGAUGAUGUUAUCCCCAAAUCUAUCAUGGGUAUAUACAUUAUCCAAAAGGCUAAGCAGUGUCCAACUGGCUCUACAAUGAGUCGCAGCAACACCAUUAUUGUAAAAUGCUCCUCGCUUGAGUCCAUGUAGACCACUAUUUAGCCCUUUGUAUACUGUGUUUGCCCCGACAGGUAUACUUAGAGAGUAAUGAUCAUAUCCAAAGACAUAGACUUGGCCUGCCUUCGUUAAACACUACGAGAAUUCACAACAACAAAAAAUGUUAUUAAUCACAUUUAAGUAAGCAUUCUUCUUUGUUUCCUACACUGGGUGUUAUUACUAUUUAUGGUAAUGGAUAAUUUUAUACUGUUUUCUCAUACAAACGUAUAAAUGCUAAGCGUUCAAGAAUUAGAAGUAGUUGGACAGGCUUUAUGCAUGAAAAGCCUUCGCAGUAAAGAAGCAGAAUAUAUCAUAUCACUAGACUCGAGAGAUAGAUUAUUGAAUACAAAAUUAUAUCGGAAGUAUUGGUUUAUCUAGGUUUUAUGAUUUUCGUAAGAAAAUUAUGAUUUUUUUUUUCAUUUUGUACAUAAAAAGUGCUCUCAUGUCCGUAGACAGGGUGGGGUGGUGGUUUCGGAAGAAUCCUCCACAGCACUCGGAGGUCCGCAAAAACAGAAUGAUAAACGCAUUGCGAUUCUUUUUUGAUAGCACUGUUGUCGACAGUCGAUCUCGGGUUUUUUUUUUUCAAAUUCUCUCAAUAAGGCAAGAAAUACUACUUCAGCGUCCGGACGUCCCAAUAAUCUACAAAAAGACCCCCACACACACACACACACCAAAUUCUGGCUACGGACAUGGCUCUUCUAUCUAUACGACUGUUGUACCAGUCCUGAAUAAUGUACUUCUUCACAACUACUAAUGAGAUCUACAACAAAGAACAGCAAACAACUAAGUUUUUUCUAUCUAUGGACCAGCCUCAUGUAGAUAUUCACAGACUGUUAUAACAAAAAUAACGUAUGCUGCUGCACAACAAGAGAUCAUGGAGUAAGAAUUUAUAGAAAAUAACUUUUAGAAUAAACAUUGUGUGCGCACAGAUAUUUGCUAAUACUGGUGACUUACUGGUUGUACACUAUUGUCUCAACAAUUAUGGGAACUUUGGCAAUAAAGUGGGUUAAAAAACAA